AUGACAUUUACACUCAAUUGGGCCAUACUAGGGGCAGGAAAUAUAUCUUCACAAUUUGUGUUUGAUUUGUUACUAAAUAAUGAAAGAGCUACUGGGUAUCAUCAUAUUAUCGAAUCAAUUGGGUGUUCAUCAAAAGAAAAAGGUGAAGAAUUUAUCAAAUCCAACAACAUUGUCCUAGCAAAUAAUUAUCUAACUUCCCCUACAACUCAAACAUAUGAGGAAAUUUACAAAAAUCCGGAUAUUGAUGUUGUAUAUAUUGGAACACCUCAUACCUUUCAUAAAGAACAAGCCAUCAAUUGUUUAAAUAAUGGUAAACAUGUACUUGUUGAAAAACCAAUAACAGUUAAUAAGAAAGAGGCGGAAGAAAUAUUCGAAGCAGCUAAGAAGAACAACAAAUUUUGUAUGGAAGCGGUUUGGACUAGAUUUUUCCCAACAAUUGAAAUCUUGAAAACUAAAGUAUACAAAGAACAUGUUAUUGGAGACGUUCAUAGAUUAUUCGCAGACUUAAGUUAUCAAUGUGACGUUAAGUCUUUACCAGUUACAUCUAGAGUUAGAGAUAGGAAAUUAGCAGCUGGAUCAUUAUUAGAUAUUGGUAUUUACCCUAUAACGUAUAGUAGAAUAUUAUUGGAUGAUAAAGUUGGCUCAAAAGCUUCAAAAUUUGAACAGAAGAGUUUUCUUACCAUUGAUAAGGAUGAUUUGGUUGAUCAUUUAUGUUCAAUUAUUAUAAAAUAUGAAAAUGGUAGGCAAGCCUUAUUGACUUCAUCGGAAUUGGUAGAUGGUCCAAAAGCAUAUGUUAGACUUGAAGGUACAAAAGGAUGGGUCGAAAUGUAUAGUGAUAAUCCAGCUAGAGCUAAACAUUUUAAAAUCUUUGAUAAAAGUGGAAAAGAAAUUUUUGAAUAUAAAGAUGAUUCAGGGUAUAAUGGCUUUAUUUAUGAAGCCAAUGCAGUAGGGAAUGACAUUAAAGCUGGUAAAUUAGAGAAUGAAAUCAUGCCACAUGAUGAAUCUUUGUUGGUAAUGGGUUUAAUGGAUCAGAUCAGAGAAGAAAAUGGUUUGAAGUAUGAUCAAGAUUAA